AUGUUAAUACUCCAAAUAGUCCUGGGCGGCCUGAUCCAGCCAGUCCUUUACAUCCCAGCCAGCGGAGCCACUGUCAAUGGACUUUUGAUCAAAAUUCUCUCCCCUUCGAAGCAGUACUACUUGGGCUUCUUCCUCAUCGGAUGUGAGGGUUAUCGAGUUAAAAUAAAAAAAUUCUGAACAUUUGCAGGCGUGGUGGCAUCAACGGUAGCCCUGUUCGAGUACAGAUUCCAGGCGAUUCUACCGAAAAACUCAGCUUUGAAACUAUCGAAAAGGACUCGGAUCAUCAUUUUCGUUGUCCGAAUCACUGUCGCGAGCAAUAAUUCGUUACCGAUUCAACUUUAUAUCGAUUCCGACAACGACGCCGGCGAGCAUUGGAAAGAGGUUAUUGGGGAAACAAAAAAUGAGCCUCAUUUGGUCAGGGAGCACGAAUCGCCUGACAAAUUUAGGGAUAAAAUCAACCUCAGGAAGGUAAUGUUGAGAGGAUAAAAAUCAAUUCAAAAGUCAGGGCGGUAGUACCGAGUUCAAAUAAGUUAGAUUUAAAAAGCGUACUUAGGAAUUCCAGAGUGGUCCCUAUAUGGGUUAGAGAGGAAAAAAACCUCUACAGUGGUCGAAAAAGUGCUCCCUAUAGGGAUACUAUAAAGGUGGUCCCUAUUUUGUUGGGGUUUAGGGUCUGGCCCUUUAAUUUCAAGUGGACCCUAUAGGGGUUUCUCAAUUUCAUUCAAAAAACCCUUAUUUGUACAGUUUUUUUUCCAUGGAAAUGCUUCUCCGCUUGGAUUUCAUAACAAUUAUCGACUAGCAAGUCCUCUGAAGAGACAACUUUUGCAAGCUUUAGUGACCCCUAUAGGGAUUUGGCUUUCAGGUUGCCCACUCUGGAGUUCCUAAGUUCGAGCCUCUGUUUAAAAUAAAUUUCAUUUUAAUCUUCAUUUUCCAGAAAAAUUUAUAAUUGCUCAAAAAAAUUUCCGGUUUUCCUUAUUCAUUUCAACGUUUUUUUACGUUUAAUAAUCCUUGGAACACUACUUUUUCAUCAAAAAAAGAUUUUUUUUUUUUGAAUAGUCAAGCUAAAAUGAACAUCUACAGGUUAUCAGAAACCUCCAAUUUUCAAACAGAAAACCUUCCAAUCUGAAAUUCCUAACAAAUAAUCAACUUUUCAGGAGCUUUCCUGCCUGCCGGGAGAAGCCCUAGCCGACAAGGCGACAUUUUUCAUCGAGCCAGAACAUUUCAAAUUCGUCUUCAUCUUCCUCAUCAUAGCCGGCUUUCAGUGCCUGAUUGAAGCUAUUCUCUAUGUUGUAGGCUCUCUAAGGUACACAGAAAAAUUAAUGAGCUCAAAAAUGAGAAAUAUUCAGAAAACUAAACCCAUUCGUGAAACACGAGUGUUCGGAUAGAACCAAGCAACUUCAAUGGUCAUUUUUGAAGGCUCUUCUUAUCCAGGUAACUUCAAAAUUUUAUUAAAAUUUUUGAAAAUGGUUGAUUUACAGGAAUGCGCUCCGAUUUUGAUCGCUUAUCCUUUACCAGCUUGCUACCUUCUUUUCAGUUGCUACACGAAAUACAUGAAUAUGGGUGGGUACUUUUUACUUCGCUGUUGA